CGCACAGUGCCUGCACGAUGCAUCGACAAUGACGUCCAUUCGCAGAGAGAACACUCCCGAGAGACGUUUCAGCUGGCCGCGGCAGCAAAAUGGGAUUGCGAUGACUGGUGCGGUCACGUUUGCGAGACGAGCGCGCGCGCGCGCUCUAGCACCUGUUCCACCUGGCUUCUGUGCGCGUCUUCGGGCCACCCAAUAGCCAUGUCAGUGUGCUGAUAGAUCCGCGUCAUCGUUACGAUAUAUCGGCCUCCGUGCUCGUGCGUAUAAAGCGAGCAAGGGCAGAAGCUCCUUCGGCUUGCUUCGCUAGCUCUCGAGUAAGUUUACCUGACGGUCUUCUUCCUCGCGCGAACGACCAUCAUGUUGUUCCCGGCCGUCCUCCUCGCGCUCUCCUCUGCAUGGCUCGCCGCCGGCGCGCCGACUCGUCGCAGCGCGCCCGCCGCAGUGACAGACACGAGCAUCAUGCAGUAUGCGCUCACGCUAGAGCACAUCGAGCACGCGUUCUACGUGCAGGGCCUCGAGCAGUACGACGCGCAGGCGUUCUGCGACGCGGGGUACGAGCCUUGGGUCCGCGGCAGAUUCGCCCAGAUCAGGGAGCACGAGCGCACGCACGUCGAGUUCUUGACGAGCCAGCUUGGUGCGGACGCCCCGGCGCCGUGCAACUACUCCUACCCGUACACAGAUAUUCCCUCGUUUGUGGCGCUGUCGCAGACCCUCGAGGAGGUCGGCGCUGCGGCGUAUAUGGGCGCGGCGAUCUCUGUCGAAAGCCAGGACGUGCUGUCCGCCGCACUGGCCAUCUCGCAUAUCGAAGCGCGACAGGCGGGCUGGGUCAGCUCCGCCCUCCAGAAGGAGCAGCCCUGGGACGGCGACUACGAGACACCCCUGUACUUCAGCGGCGUGUGGUCCCUCGCAUCGGGCUUCAUCACGUCCUGCCCCGCGACGAACCCCGAUCUGCCCGUGCAGGCUUUCCCCGCGCUGACGCUGACGCCCGCCGCGCCCGUGAUGGGUCAGAACGUCAGCGUGUCGUACAACAGCACCGGCGCGCCCGUCUCCGCCGAUGGUGCGACAUGGCUGGCGUGGUACCACGACAUGAACACGACGUUUACCGCGAUCGGUCCAGAUGGCGUCACGACUGUGCCGGACGGCCUGCGGGGGACGGUGUUCGCGGGUGUGGUGAGCAACACGACCGUGACGAGGGACGACGCGACGAUGUUGAGCGGGCUGGCGGCCUUGUCGUUCCCGUAUAGCUCGUAUGCGGUCGUCGGUGCGUGAGUCGUGUUCGGUUAUGGGAGUUCGCGGUGAUCGCAAAAAUGUUGGUGGGGCAGGAUGCGGAACGGACUGGUGAGACUUCUGCACGUACUGUAGUUAACGAACUUUCUAUGAAUGGACGUUUUGACUGACUGGAUAUUAUCUCGUUCGUAAUCAGAUGUUUGGCGUGCAACCAGUGCCAGACCGAUGAUUCACGCCAACGGCGAUCCUUACGUCGUCCUAUAAUCAGAUCUAGUACUUGGAUGCCCCUGCGCACAUUCGAAUCCUCGCUCCCAACUGUAGGAUGCCCCGUGUAGCUUCGGGGUUCUUGUCUAAGGUACAAAGGCUUGAAUGGCCACCGGCCGAUUGUAACGAUACCACCUUCGCGCAAUCUCUUCCAAGAACAUAGAUGUGCAAUGCGACCGUUGCUGAAAUCGAAUGGUGUUCACUGUUCAGGUCUCCC